UCCAUUUACCUCCCUUUUUACCGGAACUUGAAAACAGUGUUGACAUCAAACACGUGUUGCAGUGUUUUAGAAGACUAAAACAUGGUUGGAGAGAAGAAAAAGAAGUAUGAAAGUGGUUCAGCAACAGCCUACAUUUCAAGGAAUCAAGCUAUUAAAAAGUUACAACUCAACUUAGCUGAUUUUAGACGGUUAUGUAUACUAAAAGGUAUCUACCCACAUGAACCUCGACACAAGAAGAGAGUGGGUAAAGGCAGUACAGCACCUAAGACAUACUACUUUGCUAAAGAUAUAAACUAUAUAUCACAUGAACCAAUCAUACACAAGUUCAGAGAAUUCAAGCAUUUUGUGAGACGGUUGAAGAAAGCCAUUAAUAAGAGGAAUACAGAUGCCGCAAACAGAAUCAGAGCUAAUAAACCUAAAUAUAAACUUGAUCACAUCGUGAAAGAGAGGUAUCCUUCAUUUAUUGAUGCUCUACGAGAUGUUGAUGACUGCCUAUCCAUGUGUUUCCUGUUUGCUACAUUCCCUAAAACAGCACAUACAUCAUAUGACUUCAUACUGUUGUCACGGAGAUUAACAGUGGAGUUCAUGCAUUAUGUGAUAGCAUCAAGAUCAUUGAGAAAAGUAUUUAUAUCUAUCAAAGGAAUAUAUUACCAAGCAGAAAUAAUGGGACAGACAAUAUCUUGGGUUGUACCACACAAACUGGGAUUUGAUCACCCAACAGAAGUAGAUUAUAAGAUUAUGCAGACUUUUACAGAGUUUUACACCACAUUAUUAGGAUUUGUAAAUUACAAGUUAUACACAGAUUUUAACCUUCACUAUCCCCCUAAGUUAGAGUUAGAAGACCAAGACAGUAAAACAAAAAUGAAUGCUGAAUUCAGAGAACAACAUGAAGAGAGAUUAGCAGCUCUAAGUCAGUCAUUACAGACACUUCAUGCAGGAAGUGAAGAAGAGGAAAUAGAAAUGGAUGAGUUCCCUUCAGAAAAUACAGAUGAUCCAGACCGGAUAGAACAAGUCAAAGUAGAGGCAGAAAAAUUGAAAAAAUUACAAAAUUUAUUCAAAGGAUUAAAGUUCUACUUUAGUAGGGAAGUUCCUAGAGAAACAUUAGUAUUUUUGAUAAGGUCAUUUGGAGGUGAAGUAUCAUGGUGUCACACAGUUUGUGUCGGGGCUACAUAUAGUGAAGAUGAUGAAACCAUUACACAUCAGAUUGUUGAUAGAACAGAAAUGCCCAAUCAGUACCUGUCAAGGUACUAUAUUCAGCCACAGUGGGUGUUUGACUGUAUAAAUUCCAGACAACUACUUCCUGUUGAGGACUAUUUUAUUGGAGCUGUGUUACCACCACAUCUGUCGCCAUUUGUUCAGGAAGAAGAAGGGGAUUAUGUACCUCCAGAAAGGAGAUCUCAACUGACUGGACAGGCAGCUAUAGAUUCUGGUGUAGAAGUUGUGUCAGAUGAAGAAGAUAGUGAUGAUGAACAGGAAGAAGACCAGGAUGAAAAAGAAAAUGAAAGCGAUGAAGAGGAAGCAGAUGAAAGUGAAGCAGAAGAACAACCAACAAAGAAAGGAAAGAAAAGAAAGCUUGAUACUUCUGGAAGUGAAAAGAAAGAAAUACCAACAAAGGGAUUAAACACUCGUUCUAUGUCAGUAAAAGCAGGAGAAUUGGAGGUAGACAAUGUUGAUUUAAGAUUACAGAGACAAACUAAAGAAGAAAAACGACUAGCAGAAAUGAUGAUCCCUAAAAAGAAGAAAAGGUUAUAUGACAAGAUGAUGUAUUCUAAAAAGAAGAAAACACAGGAGGCUAAGGUAUUAGAAGAAAAGAGGAAAUCUAUUGAACUGUCAAAAAAGUCAGAGAGAAAGAGAAAGAGAAAAUCUACAUCCUAAAAAAUAUUGUCUAAUUUAAUAAAACAUGUUAAGAGGA